AUGUCAAAAAUAGUAAGAGAAAGAAGAAAAUACAGAAUAAGUAACCCAUACGAUGAAUCAGAAAAGAUAGCAAUUAAAGAAAACAAAGAGAAAGAAUUAAAAAAAAAAGUUAAAGAAAAGUUAGAAAGCAAUAACAAUGAAAAUAACAUUGCAGAAAAUUUUAUUAAAAUUUACAAUAAAUAUUUAGAAGAAAAUGAAGAUAUUGAAAAGUAUAAAAAAGAAAAUAAAGAAAUAGAAGAAUCAAAAAAAAAAACAGUAAGUAGAAAAAAAAUCAAAAAAUUAAAUUAUAAAUUAAAAAAAAAUAGUCUUAUAGAAAAACUAAUAAAAAAAAAAGCUUUUAUUAAAGCAAAUGAAGUUUUAUCAAACUCAUCAAAUAAAAAUAAUAGAAAUUUUUCUAUAAAUACGAAUGAAGAAAAAUACAUGAAACUUAUUGAAAAUCAAAAUAAUGUGCUUAAAGAAAAAUCAAAAAUUAAUACUAAAAAAAAUAGUAAUACGAAAAAAAAAAAAAAUGAUAUUGCAAAUCAAUAUGAUAAAAUAAUUAAUUCUAAUAGCUAUUUACAAAAUCCUCUUGAAUAUGUUAAAAAUAUUUUAAAAGAUAAAAAAAAAGACUCUAUAUUAUAA